UUCACACACCUCUUUAAUGUUAAUUUUAGUGAUCUCCGACUGGCGAAGUCGAACAUCAUUUGUGCCGACGUGGAUAAUGAUUUUAGAAUAUUUACUUUCUUCUGGUGAUUUGCAGAGUCAGUAGAAAGGUCUCUUUAGUGUCCCUAGUUAUUGUAUGACUUAAUUGUCUACUGCUGUAAACUGUUAUGUCUUUAGAACUGUUGCACAGGUACAUGAGCAAUAAUUGUUUGUAGCAUUAACCACUUUUUUAAUAAAGCUUAUUAUCUUUAAAAUAAAGUAUCCUGAAAAAGAGAGACAUUUCUUAUAUAUAGGCCUAUCUAUAUAUACACACAAUUUUUAUUAUUUAUUUAUUUUACUUUUUUUGUUGUACCGUUAUGACUUCCUCACAUAAGUGUUUGCUUGCUCUAAUUUCAAUUUACCUUAUAUUUUAAUAGAUUUGCUGGUGAUUAUCUCAAUGCUGAUGCAAUUAUUUUUUUCAAUCAUUUUUACAGUAGCCUAAACAACUAAUGGAUUUAAGUGAGUAUUCACUUUUUAUAGCCUACUUGCAAAAUAAUAAUAAUAAUAAUAAUAACAAUUUACUUCCAAGGAUACAGUAUCGUCUCGAAGAAAUAUUUGAACAGCUGUUCACAUCUGUGAUGCUGUGCUGGAGUUUGUAACCAAUAAAUGACCCUCUCAUGUUUGUCGCUAUUCCUCAUGUUCCUGAUGGACCUGAUUGGUCUCUUCUCAGUUCGCUGAGGCCCAAGAGGAAAGAGAGAGCAUUACACUCGCACCAAGCACCACACACUCAGAGUCAGUACUGGUCCUUGCAUCGCCUCUCCUCUCCUCUUCUCUUCUCUUCCCAUCUCUCCCCCUCUCCUUAACUCAAAAGCAGAAUAGAUGGUGGAAAAGCAGCACAUCUGUCCGGGCGCUCUGCAACAAUAGAUCGCAUCGAGCUGGAGUCGAGCCUGGUCAUGUCAGCGUCCGAGAGCUGCUAGAGAUUCGGCGUGUUUUCUUGCUUUGCCUUUCACAACGGCUGCCGAGGGAGGACCGCGCGUCUGUCUGGGCUCUCCAACGAGCGGAGAAGAUGGCCGCCAUUAAGAUUUUAACCAGCGCGGGGCUUUUCUUGGCGUUUUCCGCUCUGGUCUUGUUGGUUAUGGCCAUCUGCACCGAUUAUUGGUACGAGACGGAUGCCCGGCGGCACCGCGAACGCUGUAAGAACUACGCAAACAAGCGGAACGAUCCCGGAUACAUUUACAUCUCAAAUCACAACUUGCCUCUCCAGAUGCCUCCAAAGGGCUAUGAGAGGAAAGCGACGGAAGCGCGCGUGAAGCGCCACGCUCCGGCUUCGGCGACGGCCAUGGAGUCUCACUGCAGCCGCCAGUUCAACUCCACCAUCUCCGGUCUGUGGAGAAAGUGUCACCGCGAGGGUUUUGACCUGGAGACCGAGGAUCUCAUUUACAAAGGGUUGAUUCAGAGAUGCACCCCUGUGACGUAUCAUUACACCUCUUCAAUCCUGCCUCGAAAUCUUCCCAUCAAUAUCACUAAGACCAUCCGACAAGAUGAAUGGCAUGCCCUGCAUCUGCGGAGGAUGACAGCAGGUUUUGUGGGCAUGGCUGUCUCUAUCAUCCUUUUUGGCUGGAUCAUCGGAGUUCUUGGAUGCUGUCAACAACAUGAUCUCAUGCAGUAUGUAGCUGGACUACUCUUCCUCAUGGGCGGAACCUGCUGUAUUAUCUCCCUUUGUACGUGUGUGGCGGGCAUUAACUUUGAGCUGUCCCGUUACCCACGUUACCUUUACGGCCUUCCAGAGGACAUCAGUCAUGGGUACGGCUGGUCCAUGUUCUGUGCCUGGGGCGGACUGGGUCUCACCCUGCUGGCCGGUUUCUUAUGUACGCUGGCCCCUUCUUUAAGCAGCCCCUUGGCCCGCACCACAGUCCACAAGUCCAGGCACGAAAAUGGAACUGUGUGAGCAGAGACUUGGAGCAAUGUUGCAGAGGCAUUUCCACAACAUGUAUACAGCGUCUACGUAAGGACAAAACAUCUGGCCUAUUCAUCAUCAUGCGGUAAAUUGACUGGAUCAUCCCUCUAUCCAUUUUCAUAUGACUCAAGGGGCUUUCGGGCUCUUGUUGAUCACCGCUGUCAACGCAACUUGUGUACACCAUCUGUUUGAAUAAAAGGUAUCUGUACAUGGUCUGGACACAGCUGAGAGUCAAGAUGGAGACACAUGCACGGAUCACAGAGCAUCUUCCACCCUCUCACAUGUCUCACUCUGGCACAAAAAAAAAAAAAAAAAAAACUCCCGACAGAGAAGUGAGCUGGAGGCAACUGUCAUCUCUCCAAGAGGAUUCAUAAUAAAAUGGUGCUCUCUUUUCAAAAUUUCACAACUGCACAGAAAUCUUUUCAAAGACAGCAAGAGAACAAAUAAAUCCACAGGUUUUCUUAUAGCUGACUGAUGGUGUGGAGGAGUUUAAGCUCAGAAUGAAGUGGGGAGCAACAGAAAGGAGAGAUAAAAGUAUUUCUGUCAUUCAAGCUUUGAGAAGCACAUUUCCCAAGGCCUCAAAGAGUCUGUACUUGUAAAAAAUACUUCAUUUUGUCUAGAUUUCAGGUCUACAUUUGUAUGAAAUUAUGCUUAGGAUACAAAUGGAUCCUUUUCACUCUUUGUUAUGAUUGUAACGAUCGAUGACCUGGCUUGGACUGUGUUUUGAGGAAUCUGACCAAAUUUAUUACAAAAUGGCAUGUGAACCUAAUUUGUUUUUGAAAAUGUUUGCAGGGGUUAUUUCUGAACGUCAUUUCUCAUGAAGCCUUAUUGCUGUUAUGAGCACAACACGCUUAGAAUCAGAGUUAUACGAGAGCUCAGCACCUUCCAACCAUGACUGAAUGUUGUUGAAUAGUCGAGAUACAAUUAAAGCUCUGGAUGCACAUGCAAGUGUUAUAUUUAGUCACAAAAAGAGAAAUGAGGUCUACAGAAAGCGUAAUGUAUAGAGAAUUUAAAUUGAUUGCUGGAGUGGGCUACAAUACAUGACGCAACAAGCUAUAAUGUUUACAUUACAUUAUUAACUCCAACCAAACAAUAUUUUAAACUACCCUGACAAGCCUGGAGGCUUUAAUCUAGUAAUAAUCUAGUAAUGUCUUUUUUAACAGUGAGUAUGUCUCCACGUUGUCAUGAAUAAUUCAUGUUGAUUCUUCUCACCAAUGGAUAUUAUUUAUUGAGGAUGCUACUGUGAAAAGCACAGUUACCAUAAAUCAUUUAACAACGCCUCACAUGUCUUUGCCAAAUGUAUAUUCAUAGUCUCAGACCUCCACAUACUCCAGAUCAAGUCUUGAGCACAACGUACUGAUGUUGAUAUUCACGGCGGGGAUGUGGAAAUGCAAUAGUUAAAGGUGCUAAAGAGGAUGUUUUGUUUUAUACAUUUUUGCAAUAUUACUUGAAACUGUCUUUACUAACUGAUAAAAGACUAUUUAUUAGGUGCACUGAAAGGAAUAAUAUUAAUAUACAU